CUAAAGAUGUCUAAAGUGACUUUUCUUUAACAAGAUUGAUGGAUUGAGACGACAGUAAUCCGAAAUUGUAGCCAUUUAUGAUUUCAAAAGGCACAAUUUCACUUUGUACCUAAACAAACAAAUAAAGCACAAAACACGCUGCUUCGCUGCCUUUAAUAGGCGCCCUCCUCGAUUCGCACACCUGCUGUUCGACAAAAGCGAGACUGAACUGGAAACACAGUAAAAUAUUACAAUUUACAUAAAUUGGCACCUGGGAUCCGAAUAUCAGAUAACUUCUCUCCUAAUGAUUAGUCAUGUCCUCUUAUCUCCAUGUCCCCUCGGCCGGCCUAUAUUUCCUUCUCUCUGUUCAACCACCCCACACAGUUUGAAGACACGUAUUCAAGUUUGAUAUUAUAAUCAUUGAAAUGGGUCAAACCCAUAAAGAAAAUGUUAAACACAUAUGACUUAUGAGUGAAAAAUCGAAUCUUUGCACGAAUUGCCGCCUUUAUUUUUCAGUAAGAAACCGGGCACUUUAAUACUUUAUAUUGUUAUAAUUUACAAGUAUGGUGAACUACAAAAAUAUGUGAAGUGUAAGUAAAGUAUGAUCCAUACUGUUGCUUUGUUGUUGGGCUUUUUUUAUAUACACGAAAAGCAUAAUGCGAGGUUGUAAAGAUGGCGUCUUUAUGGGUCAUGAUUGUUGUUUUUUCCUGUUACCAAAGGUUGACUCGGCAAACUCAGUUUUCUUUUUUGUUUUUAAUUUUGUGGCAAACUGGGUAUCUGUGGUUGAUAUGGUUGGUAGGCUUCCAUUUAGAAGAAAUUUAUUUAUUUACUUAAAUAAUAAUUAAUGAUGUGAUGAGCUGUGGGCAUCAUAAUGACAGGGUUUCUGUAGUUUGUAAUCAAUUGAAUUGAAGUGGGUAAAAUUUUGGUUUCGAGGGAGAGAAAAAAAGAGAGGGAAUUUAUAUUCAAUUGUUGGCCAUUUAUUAUAGAGAACCAGAACUCAAUUGAAUAGACUAUUUGCUUUAAAAGAAUCGGAGUGAAUAUUUUCCAGAAAGGAGGAGGCUACUGAGGUUUGAAAGGUCGGGCUCCGGAUGGCCCCUGCAGCUAAAAGUACUGGAUUUUAUUGCGAAGGAAAUGAAUGGUUCUGCAACUCGAGUCUGCCGAGUGAUAUCAUAGUGGUGGUGGAUGGAGUAAGCUUUCAUCUUCACAAGUUUCCUCUUCUAUCUAGGUGCGGGAGGAUAGCAAACAUUGUUGAAGAAACGCAGAUUACCAACAAGAAGACUAUCAUGGUUAAUCUUGAAGAAUUCCCUUGUCAAUCUGACACAUUUUUGGCUAUAGUUAAAUUUUGUUAUGGUGGUCGAGUAGAAUUGACACCAAGGAAUGUGGUAAUGGUGUAUUGUGCUGCAGAUUACCUCGAUAUGACAGAUGAUUAUGGAGAAGAUAAUUUGUUGUCCAAGUCAGAGAGUUUCUUCCACAAACAGGUUCUCCAAAACUGGAAGGACUGCAUUUUGGCUCUCCGAAGCUGUGAACCAGUUAUUUCAAGAGCAGAAAAGCUUCAUAUAGUUAGUAGAUGUCUGAACGCUUUAUCUGUUAUGGUCUGUACUGACACCACUCUGUUCGGAUGGCCUAUGAUGAUGUAUGGUAGUUUACAGAGCCCAGGAGGUAGCAUCCUGUGGAAUGGGAUAAACACCGGUGCAAGAAUCCAUAGCAUAGAAUCCGACUGGUGGUUCGAAGACAUCUCAUAUCUAAAUGUGGCGUUGUUUGAGAGACUAAUUCAGUCGAUGGCAGCCAGAGGAAUACGACCCGAAAAUUUAUCUGGAGCUAUAAUGUAUUAUUGCAAAAAGUAUCUUCCUGGGUUGGGCCGUUGGCAGGGUGGACAAAGCGGCAUACCCAGAUCGGUUGCUAGUUUUAGCUUGACGCCUGCUGCUGUUGACCAGAGAGUUCUCUUGGAAAGUGUUGUGAAACUGCUGCCUGAAAAGCAGGGAAAAUCUUUUUGUCGUUUUCUGUUGGGACUUCUACGUGUUGCAUUGAUAUUGGGGGUUAAUCAUACAUGCCAGGACUCUUUGGAAAGGAGAAUAGGGACGCAGCUAGAACUUGCAACCCUUGAUUGUCUACUUAUACCUAGUUACUCAGAUUCCGAUACUUUAUACAACACUGAUUGCGUUGAGAGGAUGAUUAAUCAUUUUGUAUCUUCUGAACCAAAAGUAACUUCUGUUUCUCCAACAUCGUUGAACCUAGAAUCAUCACCAUCAUCUGGACGGUUGAAGAGAGUUGCUAGAUUGGUAGAUAACUAUAUUGCGGAAGUUGCUUCUGAUGUGAACUUGAAGCUUGGACAGAUACGUACAUUGGCAGAAGCCUUGCCAGAACCUUCAAGAUCUUUGCACGAUGGACUCUACCGAGCACUGGAUAUAUACUUUAAGGCACAUCCCUGGCUCUCAGAGAAAGAGAUGGAGCUGCUUUGCAACAUCAUUGAUUUCCAGAAACUUUCCAUCGAUGCUUGUGCUCAUGCAUCCCAAAAUGGAAGGUUACCCCUUAGAGUUAUGCUUCAAGUUUUGUUCUUCGAACAAAUGCAGUUAAGAAAAGCUUUGGCAGGAUACCUGAAUGUUUUGGAUACUGAAAGAGCCUCUGCGGCUUCAAUGACUACCCCAAAUGAAAUAACUGGUCAACCUGUUCAACAAGAUGGGUGGGUAAGAGUUGUUCGUGAGAACCAGGUUCUAAAAGUCAACAUGGAAAGGAUGAGAAAUCGAGUUGGAGAGCUAGAACAAGAAUUCACUAAAAUUAAGCAAGAUAUGAAAAAGGUGACGAAGUCACAUAGUUACCUUAGUUCCCCUAGGUUUGUUUCAAGGAGACUUGGAUGCAAGCUGCUUCCCCGGUCUUCAGAUGCUGAACCUGACGUGCUGGAGAGAACAGCACCGACUCCCAGAGUGUCAGUCGAGCAGGCACAAUCUUCCUCCCGUCACUCCAGACAUCGAAAAAGUUUCUCUUUGUUUUGAGUGUUGUAAUAAGAAAAAUCUCUCUCAACCCCCUUCCGAAAAGUUGGAUAUCAUUAGAGGAAGCAAUUGUUAAAGCAAGUUGGAUAUCGUGAUUGCUCAGUCAUCUACAGAGCUUCCAUAUAGGUAAAUACAAAAUUUUACUCAACAAAGAAGUACGUAUUCUGGACAAAUGAUCUUCUAAGCACCAUUGUUUAGCUUAUCCUGAGCUUCAGUUCUUGAAGUUGACUUACCAAUCAAUUGAUAUAUCAUGUCAUCGGUGCUCAGGAGAUCAUUUCUCACAUAUCAUGUAUUCAUAUUUACGUACUUUGGGUUUAUAAAUGUUUGCUAUAUGAAACCAA